AUGGAUCCCCUGGGCCCGGCCAAGCCACAAUGGCCGUGGCGCCAUUGUCUGGCCGGACUGCUAUUUCAGCUGCUGGUGGCUGUGUGUUUCUUCUCCUACCUGCGUGUGUCCCGAGAUGAUGCCACUGGGUCCCCUAGGCCAGGGUUCAUGGCAGUGGCAUCUGUCACUGGGGCUCCAAGUGGGUCCUCCCAACAGGACACCACUCCCACCCGCCCCCCUCUCCUGAUCCUGCUGUGGACGUGGCCUUUCCACAUCCCCGUGGCUCUGUCCCGCUGUUCAGAGAUGGUGCCUGGCACGGCCGACUGCCAUAUUACUGCCGACCGCAAGGUGUACCCACAGGCAGACGCGGUCAUCGUGCACCACUGGGAUAUCAUGUCCAAUCCUAAGUCACGUCUCCCACUUUCCCCGAGGCGGCAGGGGCAGCGCUGGAUCUGGUUCAACUUAGAGCCACCCUCUAACUGCUGGCACCUAGAAGCCCUGGACGGAUACUUCAAUCUCACCAUGUCCUACCGCAGCGACUCCGACAUCUUCACGCCCUACGGCUGGCUGGAGCCGUGGUCCGGCCAGCCUGCCCACCCACCGCUCAACCUCUCGGCCAAGACCGAGCUGGUGGCCUGGGCGGUAUCCAACUGGAAGCCGGACUUGGCCAGGGUGCGCUACUACCAGAGCCUGCAGGCCCAUCUCAAGGUGGAUGUGUACGGGAAAUCCCACAAGCCCCUGCCCAAGGGGACCAUGAUGGAGACGCUGUCCCGGUACAAGUUCUACCUGGCCUUCGAGAACUCCUUGCACCCUGACUACAUCACCGAGAAGCUGUGGAGGAACGCCCUGGAGGCCUGGGCCGUGCCCGUGGUGCUGGGCCCCAGCAGGAGCAACUAUGAGAGGUUCCUGCCGCCCGACGCCUUCAUCCACGUGGACGACUUCCAGAGCCCCAAGGACCUGGCCCGAUACCUGCAGGAGCUGGACAAGGACCACGCCCGCUACCUGAGCUACUUUCGCUGGCGGAAGAUGCUGCGGCCUCGCUCCUUCAGCUGGGCACUGGAUUUCUGCAAGGCCUGCUGGAAACUGCAGGAGGAAUCCAGGUACCAGACCGUGCACAGCAUAGCGGCUUGGUUCACCUAA